AUGACCAUGAACCCAAACGACUCGUUGGCUCAUGCCUACCCAGCCCGUCGUGGACAGACAUCCCGCCAGCCGCAGCGUCCGCAGCGUCCUGGUAUGGACACCAUCCCGUCCAAACAGCAGAUGCUGCUCGACCCAGGGCACCUCAUCGAGACCGGUCGGACCUACUCCGCCGUUUCCCCAGCAUGUGCAGCCGGCGCAUACGGAGGCACUGCGUCUAUGUACAGUCAAUCCAGCUUUCCGCCCGCGCGGUCUCUCGCGGACGGCGGACAGCAGACUGUCUCAUCCGCCUGCUAUCCCAGCUACUCGGCUGCGACCGCGGCCUUCUCCAAUAUCCCAGAUGUACACAUCCCUGAUGUCUCUUCCUACGCAUACGACGCCGAACCGAGCGACCUGCACAUGGGCAACUUCUUCCUCCCAGACCAACACCACCCCAUGAUCUCGCCGUCGCUCCUGUCAUGCCCCGACCAGAGCCACGACACCUUCGACACGCAAUCCGUCUUCGCCAGCUCCGUCGACUCGUUCGAUCCCAUCCUCUCCUCCGCCGCCACCACCACCUCCGCCAACACCCCGUUCUUCCCUCCCCUCGACGAGCAAUGGAUUCCUCCCCCGCCCGCAGACUACUUCUUCGACGCCCACAUGCACACCCCCUUCCACGGCGGCAGCCCCCAUGCGCCCCUCGCGACCCCCAGCCCGCUGCCCCAGCCCGCCCCCACCACCCAAGCCUCCUCGCCCAGCGGCCCCAAAGAGAAAGACCUCUCCCACUACGGCGUGCAGAACCCCGACGGCUCCUGGCGCUGCGCCUACCCCAGCUGCACGUCGCAGACCGUCUUCCGCCGCGGCUGCGACCUGCGCAAGCACUACAACCGCCACCGGAAACAUCUCUUCUGCCGCCACAAGAGCUGUCCGCAGGCCGUGCAGGGCGGCUUCUCCAGCAAGAAGGACCGCGACCGCCACGAGACGAAACACAACCCCGGCGUGCCGUGCGAGUGGGCCGGCUGUCCGCGGAUGUUUAGUCGCGUCGACAACAUGAAGGAUCAUGUGCGGCGGAUCCAUCGGCGGAAGGAGUAG